CUUCAGGUUUAGAACACUUCUGUGUAGUAUUUUCAAGAACUAGACGAUCGCCAAAUAGCUAUAUUUUUGAUAUGAUUGAAUCUUAUUUCAUUAAGAAAGAUUCGAAAUGUGCAAAACGCAAGCUGGGCGAGAAGGAAAUUGUGGGAGAGCCUGAAAUGAAGGUGAAAGCUUGUGACAAUCCAAACGAACAACCCUCUUGCUCUAAAUUAUCUUUUCUUGAAGGAAAUAGAAGGACAGACCUUAAAUGGAAACGUAUAACAUCAGAAAAUUUAAAUCUUGAUUAUGUGCAGUUAUUCUCUAAAACUGAAGCUGACACGCUCUUUCAAGAGGCAGAGAAAGUGAUAAAGUAUAACAAAGACAGUAAAGUGUUCGUUCAUGGAAAAUGGCACAAUGUCCCAAGAAAGCAAGCAGCUUAUGGAGACGCAGGUCUAACGUACACAUUCUCUGGUUCAACUGUAGCGGCACAGCCGUGGAGUAAUGCUCCCUUUCUCAAGCACAUAGCUGACCUUGUUUCAUCUCUAACUGGUGGACACCAGUUUAACUUUGUUCUUGUGAACAGGUACAAGGAUGGACAAGACCACAUGGGUGAACACAGAGAUGAUGAGGUUGAUUUGGUUCCCAAAAGUUCCAUUGCGUCUCUGUCUUUAGGUCAAACCAGAGACUUUGUGUUCCGUCACAAAGAUGCCAGAGGAAGUGGAGCUAAAAGAAAGAUUGAUCCUGUUAAGUUUGAACUGUCUCACGGCAGUCUGCUUAUGAUGAACCACCCAACCAAUGUGUAUUGGUUUCAUUCCCUUCCUGUGCGGAAAAAGGCAAUAUGCCCAAGAAUCAAUUUCACAUUCAGACAGAUGGUUGUAAAGAAGUGAUGGAUGUUUUCAAAGUUAUGAAUCUGAUACAAGGUGUUGUUUUUGAAGAGCAUAAUGAUAUUUUGUGGUUUGCUAGGAGUAUUUUGCCAUUUGUCAAUGGCAAAAAUUCAUGACCAAAAUGUAACGGUCUACCCUCUUGAAAAAUUCAGAUUGAGUGCAAUGCAUAGUACUGGCAAUGUACCCAACCCUAUUUCAGACCUGACUGUUCACAAGA